CUCCUGCACUUGUUGCCGCGCGGAGAGCACGUGACCGCGCUGCGCUCCGAAGAGGCGUCAUAAAUAUGCAGAGAGCGCACGCGAUACACAGCCCCGGAGCCGCACACGCAGAGGCGCGCGCUCUCCGCUCUCGGUGCGUUAAAGAGUGCGGUCUCAUUAGAGCCAGAGUCUUAUAACACCUUCAGCUGAUGCGUACCAUGUAAAGCGUGCACUUUCUCUUUUCUUUUCUUUUGCUCGGCUUUUGUGUUUUUAUGUGAUUGGAUUAAUCUUUGGAGACGAGCGGAGAAACCGGAGAACCUGAAAUCUGCGGGAACUAUGUGAAGAUUUCGUGACACGUCCUUGGCCACAGCGUUCCCUUCUCAGCGGCAGACAUGAAGUCUGUUCUGGAUGGCGUGGCAGACACCACCUUCAGGACCAUCACCUCCGGCCUCCAGUACCUCGGGUCCAAUGACGCCAGCUACGAUGACCCCAUUAUCGACGCUGAUUUUGUCAAAGGCAGCUACUCCUUUCAGAAGCCACCAUCUGCAUUCCGCAGCAGCUCCUUCCCGGAUAAGGUUGGGCCGGAUGAGGAACUAAUUGUUAAAGGGCUUCCCUUUUAUCCCACCAAUGGCACAGAUCUGUUCGGGAACCAGAGUCUGGGGGACGAUGGGGCCAGUGUGCAGUGUGGGGAGAACUUCAUGGACAUGGAGUGCUUCAUGAUCCUGACUCCAAGCCAGCAGUUGGCAGUGGCAGUCAUGUCUCUGACUCUGGGAACCUUCACGGUUCUGGAGAACCUAGUGGUCUUGUGUGUGAUCUUGCACUCGCGCACACUGCGCUGCAGACCUUCUUAUCACUUCAUUGGUAGCCUGGCCAUUGCAGAUUUGCUGGGCAGUGUCAUUUUUGUGUACAGUUUCUUGGACUUCCACAUCUUUCACCGUAAAGAUAGUCCCAACAUAUUUCUGUUUAAGCUUGGAGGUGUCACAGCGUCCUUUACCGCCUCUGUAGGGAGUCUCUUUCUCACAGCCAUUGAUCGAUAUAUCUCGAUCCAUCGCCCGCUGGCCUACCGACGCAUCGUGACACGAACCAAGGCAGUGAUUGCUUUCUGCAUGAUGUGGGCCAUUUCCAUCAUCAUCGCAGUGCUUCCGCUUCUCGGAUGGAACUGCAUUCGCUUAAACUCGGUGUGUUCGGACAUCUUCCCACUCAUCGAUGAAAACUACCUGAUGUUCUGGAUUGGCGUGACCAGCAUCCUUUUGAUUUUCAUCAUCUACGCAUACAUGUACAUCCUGUGGAAGGCCCACCACCACGCCGUGCGAAUGCUUAGCCGGACCUCGCAGAAAAGCCUGGUGGUUUACAACACGGAUGGCACCAAGGUUCAGACCACUCGACCUGAGCAAGCCCGGAUGGACAUUCGCCUUGCCAAGACGCUUGUUCUCAUCCUGGUGGUCCUGGUGAUCUGCUGGGGCCCCUUGCUGGCCAUCAUGGUGUAUGACCUUUUCUGGAAGAUGAAUGAUGACAUCAAGACAGUGUUUGCUUUCUGCAGCAUGCUCUGCUUGCUUAACUCCACCGUGAACCCCAUCAUUUACGCACUGAGGAGUAAAGACCUGCGCCGGGCCUUUCUGGCCACUUGCCAAGGUUGCAGGAGCAGCAGCAGCAUCACGCAGCAGUUGGACAACAGCUUGGAGUCGGACUGCCAGAACCGUAACCUGCAGAUCCACGCCAACCGAGCGGCCGAGAGCUGUGUCAAGACCACUGUGAAAAUAGCCAAAGUGACCAUGUCCGUCUCUACCGAAACCUCGGCGGAAGCCGUCUAACUCGGCAGAGGCAGUUCUUGGGGCAUGAAUAAGGGGAAGGAAUGAUAAAAGCCAUGUGCUAAAUAUUGGCAUGAGAGUGUGUCCAUUUCAAGUUCAACUGCUUGUCAAACAAGACAAUUCAAUAUUUAACUGAAGACAAUAACAGACAAAAGGGUUCAAAUGCAGCACAAACGGGGCUCAUUCAUUUCCAUUGUUGGAUGAUGUGUGCCACUGUGGCAUCUUAGUAUUGAAGUGCCAAAAUCGUUCUCCAAAGUGAGAGCACCAUUCUCAAUCAUGGCAUCAGUUCUUGUAUUGGGAUUCUUACUGUGUUUGGUUGUGCCAUUCUUAUCGAUCAUAUCAAUUGUGUGCGGAUGAUGUCGUGAAUGUUCUCAUGAAGGCUUACUAUAUUUUUAUACUUUGAAAAAUCAGGUUCUUGAACAAUUCUAUCUUCUCUCAUUGGGACAAGGGGCUAUUGAUCUUUUUAGUAUGAAAAUGUUUAAGAUGUACUGUAUGUAGAUACUGUAAAUAUCUGGUAAUACACUGUACUAUAUGUAUAAUCCGUUCAGUAUAAUUGUGCUCAAAAAAGAAAAAAAAAACCCUGUAAACAAUGACAGAUCGCGGACUCCAGAACAAAUAUCAUGAAAAGUGUGUGAAUAUUGACUUGAAUAUUGUUCAUUAUUGUGUUAAGUCUUAAUUUAUGUGGUGUUGUUCUGAGCUCUUUAGGACUCCUAUCCCAUUGUUGGUUUUGGAUCUCCUCACGUUAUCCUGACUGUUCCUGAGACAGAGAUGUUUUUUUUUUUCUUGUUUCUGUUUGUUUGGGUUUUUUAUUUAUUUUUUUGGUGGAUUGACUGUUUAGUUAACAAAAAAUGGUCAUUUUAGUGCAUGAUGUACUGCUUUUUUGGACCCAGGACUAGUCCGAGAGGAAGAUAAUGGCGAACCACCAUUUCCCAGCCAGACCAAGGAAUACUUUCUUUAUCUGGUUAACCAACCACAUGGGUUACACUGAACAAUAGGAGCAAAGUAAAGACUUCUAGUUGGACAUCUUCUAGUUACAAAAAAAAAAAAAGAGAAAAAAAAAGGUGUAAAUCUUGCUAUUCAGUAAUAAUAUUAACCUGUAAUGUGGUGUUUUUCUUGUGGUUUCUGUUACUGAUGUGGCCAAAAACAGGCCAGUUCCUGUUAUGUCUUUUUCUGCAGAACAUUAAGAAGUCUCUGGAUUAAUGAUUGCGUUUAGGACGUUUCGGAUGUUGAUAGGUUUAAACGGCAAUACCAAUACAGAUCUUGUGGAGAUGUAAAAGAAUAAAACAUCAGCCAGAGACUGAAAACUAAAAAAAAAACAAAAAAACAAAAAACAAUCCAGCUGUACCAUGUUUCGUGUAUUGUGAUAAUAAUAAUAUUACUAAUAAUAAUUAUAAUAAUAAUAGUGAAGAGAUCAAUCCGAAACUGUUAUGUAUAGCGUUUUAUUCUUAAAAAAAACAUUUGCAAGGUUGGGUUAACAUUGUGGUGUGCUGGCUACACCUCAGACAAACGUGAGUCCUGAAGUAUACAUAAUAAUUACAUCCAACCUAUUUUUACCUAAGCAUUCCACUAUAUACAUAUUUUUUCUUCGUUUUAAGAAAUCGAUGACCUGAAGCAUGAUGAAUUGCGUUCCUAGGAUCAGACUGAGGUCCUGUAGAUUAAUUCUAGUCACAAACUCUUGUUAAUGAAUAGCAAACGUUCCCCAGUUAAAUUUGCACAGAUGUAUGCCCUGCGUCAGGCUCAAUCGCAGCGCCACACUUGAAAUCUGUGGCUCAGAACCGGCCACCUGAAUCCGGACGUGUUUUAUUAACCUUACGAAGGACUUCAGUGGCGUUUUUUGACAGUUACUAUUAACUGAAAGGCUGACGUCUACCAUGAUCCUUAACCUCCUUGCUGACUCUCUGCUUUUUUUUUUCUGCCAUCCUUGUGUGUGCAGUGGAGAUUAAACACCACAAAACCUUCAAGUGGCUUCUGUUUCCAAAGUGGCACAUAAACCUGUACAUCUGAAAAUAUUGACGCUGUGACGACAUGUAAUUAAUGCUUUGCCAUGUGGUCUGUUUUACGAUUUUCAAUAA